CCUUGGCCCGGUCCGUGCGGCCACCGGCGCCGAUUAUCCGAGUAUUUCCGACUGCCCAGGAGCCAUUAUUUUUCCCUGCCUCUCCAAACCGCCCGGCCCGAGUAGGAAAAGGACUCACCUCCAGAACCCAAAACACUUUUUUUUUUCUUCCUCAACCACCCCUCCGACAGUCGUCACCACUCUGUCCGAAUCGCCUCAAUUCGGACUCUCUCCACUCAGUCCUUUCGUCUGAUUCUCGUCCCUCACAAUGGCUGCCGUUCAGGUUUCCAAGGUCGACGCGGCCCCCGCGCCGCUGUCUGGCGUCGCUCUCUACUCGCGAUUCGCCCUCGCCGGUGCCGUCUGCUGCUCCCUCACCCACGGUGGUCUCACCCCCGUCGAUGUCGUCAAGACCCGUAUCCAGCUCGACCCCGCCACCUACAACCGUGGCAUGAUCUCCGCCUUCCGACAGGUUGUCCAGAACGAGGGUGCUGGUGCUCUCCUCACCGGUGCCGGCCCUACCUUUGCCGGUUACUUCCUCCAGGGCGCUUUCAAGUUCGGUGGAUACGAGUUCUUCAAGAAGCAGUGGAUUGACCAGCUUGGUCUCGAGACUGCCUCGCAGAACCGAACUGCCAUUUACCUGGCCUCUUCCGCCACUGCCGAGUUCUUCGCCGAUAUUGCCCUCUGCCCCCUUGAGGCUACCCGUAUCCGUCUCGUCUCUGAGCCCACCUACGCCAACGGCCUUAUCGGUGGCUUCAGCAAGAUGCUGAAGAACGAGGGUGUUGGUGCCUUCUACGCCGGUUUCGGACCCAUCCUGUUCAAGCAGAUCCCCUACACCAUGGCCAAGUUCGUCGUCUUCGAGAAGGUCUCCGAGGCUCUCUUCCGCCAGUUCCCCAAGAAGGACCUCUCCAACGGCAUGCAGACCACUGUCAACCUGGGCUCCGGUCUGAUUGCCGGUUUCGCCGCCGCCUUCGUCUCCCAGCCCGCCGACACCAUGCUCUCCAAGAUCAACAAGACCAAGGGUCUUCCCGGUGAGGGCACCACCACCCGCCUGAUCAAGAUCGCCAAGGAGCUCGGCAUCAAGGGAUCUUACACCGGUAUCGGUGCUCGUCUCUUCAUGGUCGGAACUCUUACUGCCGGUCAGUUCGCCAUCUACGGAGAUCUGAAAAAAGCCAUGGGUGCCACUGGAGGGGUGGAGAUCUCUGCUUAAAUCUGCUUAAUGAUUCAGGGAGAAACGGGUUGUGGUGUAAGAGUACCGGAUUCAAAUAGACGAUAGAUUGAGGCCAGGGGGUGGCAUAAAUCUUAAACAUUAGACUUGUCACGUGAGACUCGUAUACAGCAGUGAAAACCCGACUGUUCGGUCGGGCAAUCUAAUGACAAUUCUAUUUACGUACAUUGCAAUCAACAGCUUUUAGAUAGCGUGCAUCAAUCCUUUGACGUGUUCAUUGUCAUCUGGCGAUGCGGGUGCGGUGUCGCGAUCCCCCCCACCAACCCAAAUCUUCGUACAAGUGGUCGAUUGCAAUGAGCCUCAACGGCUGCGAGAUACUAUGCAUCAUGAAAUAAAAAUUAAGACUAAUCCUAAAAACCAGUCAGUUAACACUAAAGUUUAGACCCGAAAUAUACUGAAAAAUUUAAG